GUCCACGGGUUUACGGCACAGUUUCAGAAGCGAGGAUCGCGGGCGAGUUUGCGACGAUUAUUGAUGAGUCGCGAAUGCAUGGUGGCUGUGUCGGAGGUAAAUAUAUAAUACAUCCUUCGACUGUCUGGGCCAAAGCAUACCGUUCCAAGUCACCAAUCUACCUAGGUAUCUAAAUUGUUUACGCGAAUAGCUUUCAUUAACAAACAUCGCGACUAUACGUCACAUAGCAUUUUGUGGUAGCAUGGCUACAGUACAUCAAAAUUCAGAAAACUUCAUUCAGGCAUUGUCAGAAGCCUCUCGACAGAAUCAGACGCUCCUACAAAUACUUGCACAGACCGAAUAUGCAAAGCCCUCGUCCAAGACCAAUGCGGCAUACAUCGCCGAUCUCCAGGCCCGUAUCGCUAAGACCGACAAGGAACUGGCAAUACUCCACACCAUCACGGAGGACGAGCGCAAGGACCACGUCAAGUACCGUGAGAGCACGGUGAAGCGCUUCGUCUACAAACUCGGUGGAUCCAAAGGCGAAAAGAAAUUUAGCGACAAGGCAAGUAAAGAGGAGCGCGAGUUCGUCGAAGCAUGGCAAAAAGAGCGCGAGCGCCGCGAGUCUCGUGAUGAGCUCGAUCGUGCCCUAAAACAAGCCGAGUCUGAUCGCAUCAAGCUCGAAGCCGAUACGGCUCGGAAUGAGAAGGCUCAGGCGGAGCUUGAUGCUCUGUAUCAGGCCAUCUUUGGUGGACCGACACCCGAGCUAGCCGGCGAGGAUCAGCUAGAAGACGCAGUACGUCGGUCGACCGAACACUUCCAUGCAAGCCAGUCACAACUCAAGGUGGAGCAGCAGGCAUUGGAAGCUUUGCGGGAAGCCAAGGUUUCGUUGGACAAGGCUGCCGCUUUCAUGCAAGAUGCCGAGCGUGCAUCCCAAGGCGACAUUUUCGGAAUGCCAUUUGCCGAUUUUAUGGAGCGAGAUGCUUUGUCGUGCGCUCAAUCAGCUAUGCACAGCGUCCGAGAACAACGUGAGUCGUCUUGCAUUCGGAGUAUAACGCUGACGCAGCAUUGAACACCACCGCUCUGUGCCGAUUUGACACUUGCCGCAACGAUGGGCUAACCUGUACUCUCCCUUAGACAUCCGCGCGAAACACUUCC